AUUACUUACUUGAUUGUUAUUUCAUACACCGCCAGACCACGGACACUCGUUCGAAUCAUCCAUAUCACACCUCACUUUGCAGGCAUUGAAAAAAUCCGGUGCAGUAGUUGCCUUACGGGAAACUAAUACAUCAAUAACGAGGCAAUUACUUCGCAGAAUAAAGUUUUUUUGGUCGCCGGUUUCGAAUACGUUGGCGAGAAUGAAUACAAAAGUAAUACCGGUCGACAGCACUUCUAUAACAUUUCAACCUUCGUCUUCUUGUAAUGAACAUCCUUUUGAGGAUCCUAAGGUUUUGAUUCAUUCUAAAGAAACGGAAAUUGCACUGGAAGAAGCUUCAUCUAUCCUUCAUCAAAAAGAUGGAAUUGUAGCUUUCCCCACAGAGACUGUUUACGGACUUGGUGCUGAUGCACGCAAAUCUGAGGCUGUAUUAAACAUUUACAAGGCAAAGAAUCGUCCGGCUGACAAUCCUUUAAUUACUCAUAUUGGGUCGUUGAAACAACUUAGUGAACUUAUAGACUCUACAACACAAAAAAACAAAUUAAAAGGUGAUUCCGGUUUAUGGGAAAACAUUCCUUUGGUAUACAAACCACUGAUAGACCGGUAUUGGCCUGGUCCAAUGUCCAUCCUGCUUCCGAUUGAAGGUACCGAAGGCUCUCCUGUUUCAAAAGUUGUAACCGCCGGACAAAGCACUUUUGCUGUUCGAAUGCCAGAACAUCCUGUUGCGCUGGCACUAAUAUUGAAGUCAAAGGCUCCAUUGGCAGCUCCAUCUGCUAAUGCCUCCACUCGACCUUCCCCUACUUUGGCGGCUCAUGUAUUUCAUGACUUGAAUGGAAAGCUUCCACUUAUUUUGGACGGAGGUCCUUGUGGUGUUGGUUUGGAAAGCACUGUCGUUAAUGGACUUUGUGACCCGCCUGUUAUUCUUCGUCCUGGUGGCAUCUCACUUGAAGACAUUCAGUCUUGUGGGGGUGUCUGGAGUCGUACAGUUGUUUAUAAGCCAACAGAUGAUGUGGAAAAGAAGUCGUUUGUCCCCCAGACACCGGGUAUGAAGUAUAGACACUAUUCACCAACUGCAAAGGUUCUUCUCUUUGAGGGCAUGAGUGAAGCAGAAGCAAACGAUAUCCUCCAAAAUGACUACUUACAUGCAAAUCAAAACACUAAACCGCCAAAAAUCGGUGUUUUAACAAGUUGUCGUUGGAACGUUGAGAAGUUUAGCGAUAUGGUUUCUGUGAGUAUGUGUCUCGGUCGCACAGGUAAAGAAAUUCGUCGUAACUUGUUUUCUAUGAUCCGUGAUAUGGAUGAGAAGCAGAUUGACAUUAUUUUGGUUGAAGGAGUUGAAUCAGAUCAUGAAGGACUUGCUAUCAUGAACCGCCUGGGUAAAGCAGCUUCUGCCGUAUACCGUUCGGCAUAACGCGUUCUACGUUUGAGAAGACUUCUCUAUCGUAUUACGCUCUCUGUUUUUAUUUUAGUUUAUUAGGUCGGGUAAGGAAGAUAAAAAGAAUUACAUGGGGUUGUAUUUAAAUGCAUUAGAGAGUACAUUGUUUAAAAAGUUAUGUACUUUUUCGCUCGAACUUCUUCAGGUGAAAGUUCGAUGCCGUGUGGGCCCUGUGGAUAGCAAUCAUGGACGUGAAAAGCAAAGUUAACUCCACUUUUGGCAUCUUCCUCCAUAGUUGGAGGCAGUGUUUGUUGUAAAGGGAUUUGUUCGUCUCGAUAUACAUGUAAUUUAUGAGAGGUUGUGGACUUUCUGCUUUUGAUUGGCAAUGUUACUCCAACCCAGGGUGUCGCUGAAAUGGUAUUCUCUUUUCUUCGAACAGCCCGUGAGCCAAACUGUUCCCAUGCUGUAUCAAGAGUUGAGGACGGGUCGCCGGAGGCAUCUGAAAAGACGGUGAUUCUUUUCUGUACCGGUUUACGAAAAUGCGCUGCAGCAUGAGAAGACAAAGUUGAUGAUGAUGAUGAAUCGCUGCCUAACGAGAGCGUGUUUUCAAAUUUGAUUUGUAAAGCAGUCUCUGGGAGAGUCUGUUCUUUUAGACAGUCGGGUGCUUUCUCCAUACAACGAUAUAGAAACUCCCUUCUGCGCUCUUCAAACCGUAACGCUGGCCUUGCAUGUCUCUCUUGGCCACGGUUGUAAAUGCUUAGAGCCUUGGCAUACAGCCCUUUAGAUUCAAAGUAGUUGGCAUACUCCUCAUAAUAUAUAGAAAACUGAAGUCCAA